AUGCGUCCGCCGCGCCAGCAGCUACCCUUAGCCCCAUGCAGCCCCCGGGUUUAUCUGUUUUGCGUUGCGGUCUUGCCGGCCCCCUUCCCCCGGCCACCCCGCCCUCCCCCUCACCUCGCCGACAACCCCGCCUCCCCACCCCGGCGUGGAUCUGCCCCCCGGGCACCCCCACCACCCCAGGCACCCCCGGGCUACUCCCCCGCUCACCGAGCGACUCACCCCCACGACAUCUCUAACCGCAAGGCCGUGUCCAGGUCUUCAUCCUCCGGCACGCCCCACGCCCCCCCCCUUAUCCUCCGUGGUUCGCGUGUUCCCUCCCCUUAA